CCGUCCUGUGACCGUGCAGUUUGUCAAUCGCGCCCGCACACUCAUCGCUCAAUGUUCAAUUUAAUCCGCGUGAUAUAGUAUACGCGGAACGAGUGUGUGAUGCAGCUCGGCAAAUAUAAUGAUGACGGCAUCGUCGCGUGUGAAUAAGCGGAGAUGCGAAACACUCGCACGGCUGCAAGCUGCAAUUCCGGAUUUCGUGUGUCUGAAUUAUUCUUCUGGUCUUUUUUUGUUUUUGCAAAAUGACGUCGAAACCGAUGUUUGGCAGCUCAAAAUGGCUCGUUGUAUUAGGAGUGUUUGUGGCAAGCAUAUUGGCUUCCCUUGCUCAGGAAUAUUAUCCUCCACCAGAGAGAUUAACAGGCAUGAAUCCUUGUAUAAGUAAACAAACAUGCCACGAGUGUAUACAGACCCCCCAUUGCGCUUGGUGUGCAGCACCAAAAUUCUCAGAGAAAAGAUGCUUCCUUCCGAAUAUCAACACCAAAAUAUUCGCAACAUGUCCUUCUGAAUACACAUGGAAUCCAGACAAUGUAUACAGCAUGGUACAACAUCGCAAUUUGACGAAAGGUGGUUACGCUGCUGGUGGAGGAGGAGGAGGAGGAGGAUACAUAGAGACUUCGUACUCCAACUUUUCAUCUUCCAGUUCAUCUUCCUCAUAUUCACACAGUUUAAGCAGCAGUGGUGGUAGAAGGCAGGAAGCUGUGCAGAUGUGGCCGCAGGAAGUCAAUUUAAAGCUUAGAAUAAACGAAGCUUACAGAAUGUCCUUUGCUUAUUCUCAAGCCGAGGAUUAUCCUGUCGACCUUUAUUAUCUUAUGGAUCUAAGUAAGUCCAUGGAGGAUGACAAGCAGAAGUUGUCGGAUUUGGGCCAAUUGCUGGUCGAGAGUAUGAGCAAGAUAACCAGUAAUUUCCGUUUGGGUUUUGGUAGUUUCGUUGAUAAGGUCGUCAUGCCAUACGUCAAUACAGUGCCAAAAUCUCUUCGCGAACCAUGCGACGGUUGCGCAGCUCCUUACGGAUACAAGAACAUUAUGCGGCUCUCUCAAGACACGAGCAAAUUUGCGGGAUUGGUGAAAAACGCGUCGGUAUCUGGCAACUUAGAUGCCCCGGAAGGCGGUUUUGACGCGAUUAUGCAGGCGAUAGUCUGCCGAAAUCAGAUAGGAUGGCGCGAAAAGGCACGCCGGCUGCUCGUAUUCUCGACAGAUGCUGGUUUUCACUACGCCGGCGACGGCAAGCUUGGCGGCAUCAUCAAGCCGAACGACGGCCUGUGUCAUCUUGACACCACUGGCCUGUACACUCACUCAUCGCUGCAGGAUUAUCCCAGUAUCUCGCAAAUCAAUCUCAAAGUGAAGCAAAACGCAAUCAAUAUAAUUUGGGCAGUCACCGAGGAACAAAUCAACGUUUAUAAGCGACUGACAAAACACGUAGAAGGUUCGUUUGCUGGCAAGCUGUCGGAUGAUUCAAGUAAUGUUGUGGAGCUGAUACGCGAGCAAUAUGACGCGAUCUCGAGCUCUGUAGAGAUGAAGGAUACCGCCAGCAGCGCAAUCAAAGUUAAGUACUUUUCGAGCUGUCUGGGUACAGGACCGGCGGUCGAAACAUCGAAGUGCGACGGAUUGAAAGUCGGAACAAAGGUGGAGUUUAUCGCAGAAAUCGAGGUCACCAGCUGUCCUGCCAAUAAGUCGGAGUGGAAGCAGAAAUUCGAUAUUUAUCCGGUCGGCAUCAACGAAACUCUCACAGUAAAUCUCGAAAUGCUUUGCGACUGCGAGUGCGAGCGCGAAGGUUCUAUGUAUGAAGAGAAAUCGCCCGAGUGCAACGGCGUCGGUACUCUCAAAUGCGGCGUGUGCGAGUGUUACGAUGGUUUCUUUGGCAAGCGAUGCGAGUGCAGUCCGCAUGAAGAGCUCGCUGGUUUUGAUAAGCAUUUCCAGUUGUGUCGACCGGACAAUACCUCUCUCGUAGACUGCUCCGGUCGUGGCACAUGCGCUUGCGGACAGUGCGAGUGUGAGGAACGCGAAAAUCCGGACGAAGUAAUAUCCGGACACUUUUGCGAGUGUGACAACUUCUCUUGCGAUCGCGAUCAGGGCAAGCUAUGCUCGGAUCAUGGUACCUGUGAGUGCGGACAAUGUGUCUGCAAUGCCGGUUGGACCGGACCGUCCUGCAACUGCAGAUCUUCCAACGAUUCUUGCAUCGCACCGGGAACCACAAACGGCGUUCUUUGUUCAGGCCAUGGUGAUUGCAUUUGCGGAGAAUGUAUCUGUCACGAGGAAGGAAGCAUCCGAUAUUCCGGCAAGCAUUGCAAUAAGUGUCCGACAUGCCCAAGCCGCUGCGAAGAACUUAAACCAUGCGUGCAGUGUCAGAUGUACGGCACCGGAAACUACAGCGAACCCGAAGAAUGUGCGAAAAAUUGCAAGGAGUUUGUGCCCGAGGGCGUUGAGACGGUGAUUGUCGACGUGGACAACGACGAGGUUCCGUGCUUCGGUACGGACGAGGACGACUGCAAGUACAACUUUGUCUAUUAUUACAACGAGACCAACUGUCUGCAAGUUCGCGCGCAGAACGAGCGUGAAUGUCCGCCGCAAGUCUAUAUGCUUGGAAUCGUACUGGGAGUCAUCGCGGCGGUGGUCUUGGUCGGAUUGGCACUGCUGUUCCUGUGGAAACUAUAUACGACGAUACACGAUCGACGCGAGUUUGCCCUAUUCGAAAAGGAGAGAAUGAUGGCCAAGUGGGAUACGGGCGAAAAUCCGAUAUACAAGCAAGCGACCUCCACGUUUAAGAAUCCAACUUACGCCGGAAAAUAAAAGUUAUCCAACUAGCGGGAAGGUAAUGCAAAACGUCUCAAAGAAAAAAUCGCAUCAUCGCGCUGCGAUUUACAAAUGGAUUCGCGCGCAAUUUGCGUAAAUUGUAAAUGUUUUAACCGCGUCUCAAGAUGGUGUCUCGAAAGUGUCUUCUUUUGCGAAAGCAAAAAAUUUACAGAAAUUAGAUCUAACGUUUUUUUAGCGUGCUUGAUUAUUUAAAGGGACUAAUAUUUAAAAAUUACAUUAUUUACUAUUCUUUGUUGAGAUAUUUGUCGAGAAGGACGACUUAAGGAAACUACUGCCAUAUAUAACAGACUGCAUUACGUCGCGACGCGUGCUACUCGUUUAAAACGACUUUGUAAAGUUGUAGCAUUAAACUCUUAAUCUGCGAUCACUCAAGAGUUAACUACGUAGACUAUUUUUGAUAUUCAAGUGCCUUUACUAUCGUGACGACAGUGUGUGUUUUCGUAUUAACUUUUAGUUACCCCCUUGCAUUUUUUCACGAUACACAUAUAAAGAUACAUGCGAAGAGACGCACUUUGUUUUUUGUUUUGUUAAAAUUGAAAAUGUCUCAAUUUUACAUAUUUCACGAACAUAUGCAAUAUUUUUUGUAUAAAAGUACACUUCGAAACCAAAUUUGAUACAUAUAUGCAUUUAUUCGCAAAUUUAUAUAUGAUUGUUUUAAUCGUUAGAGUUUUAUCUCUUUCUCGCACUAACCAAGGCGAUUGCGAAAGUAUUUAUUAGGAAAUUUAUAUAGAAGUAUAUAAAACUGAAUCACUAUUUAGAUUCACGAGUAGAAGCAAGUUUACAUUGUUAUAAUCUUACGAUGCAAGAAAAACAGUUAGUAGAAAGUAAAAUCUAAUUGGAAGUGCAAAUCUAUGAAAAAACUUGGAUAAAAAGAUUUAUACAUUAAAUUACAAGCGUGUGUCGACGUUCAUACUGAAAAUAACUAAUACCUUUAUGCGCGCGAUUCGUAUGCAAAUUUUACAGGAAUAUCGAAUGAGGUCAACAAGUCAAGUCCGAGUUUUGAACGCGCUGCGCAACUAUUCUUAUAGUCAUUUGUUAUUUGCGUGGUCAAAUUUUUUUUUUUUUUUUUUUGAAUAAUAAAAGCACUAUUUAAUAGUGAUUUAUUACUCGAAAUAAGUUUUGGUCGUGCCAGUAAUAAAUUUCUGAAAGGAUAUUUCGUUUUUUCAACACAUGAUAAAAAUUCUUAUUUGUAUCAGAAAUGUAAUUUUUGAAGUUAAAAAUAUCACGACAUUUUGUAAAAUUUUUACGUUCAUUCUGUGUGCUCUUCACGAGAGGAGUUUGCUCUGCAAAUUCGAACUCGCGUUAUAAACGUUAUAACUAAACGAUAACUGCACGAGUAUGACUCGUAAAUAUAGAAACGUCUAUAUCACAUAUAGCUAGUUGUAAUCGGUUAUAUAUAAUAUUUUUAACGUAUAGAAGAGAAAAAGAAGGCAAAUAACUUUUAAAGUGUUCUCACACAUGUUCUCAUCGCGUUGUCGGGGAAGAAUCUGUCCUCGAAUUUAUCAGAAACGAGAGAGUUCAAGAAUAUUGCACGCAAAGCUUUUGUAGCAACAAAACAAACUUGCGUUUGUCCCGUGUGUGCGUGAAUAUUAUUUUAACAUUCUCUUGUUUCAUGAAUCUCACGAAAAGUAUUGAUUCCGAAAGACUGCGCGCGACGGUCAGAUUUUUCCUCGUCAUUGCCACGACGAAAAUCGGAGAACUAAUAAUAGCGCGGUAUAAUACAAACUCGAACUUAUCCACCGUUGUGGAUAAGCAUCGUUAUUUUCAUUUUCGUCAUUGUGUCGUUUAGACGUAAAUUGUUUUUAUUCUUUUCGAUAAUUUUACAGUAACUCAAUUUUAACCGCUAAACGGUUCUCGCGACAUUUUUUUUUUUUUUUAUCGCGUUUCGUAUUUUUUAAUACAAGUUUGACUGUAAUUAAUUAUUGACGUUACUAUUUUGUAUGCAAUUUCUUGCAAACUCAAUAGAUUUUAUAUAUGAAUGUUCUAUGAGUGCGAGGAAUAAAAACGAUGUGUUAGUAA